AUGCCUCGAGACCCGGAACCGGAACCGGUAGCGGGAGCGGCAGCGGCAGCGGCCGCACAUCAUAUGCCCCGUGACAGUUCCGACGGGUCACGGCAAGAUGGGAAACAGCAACAGCAGCAGCAACAGCAUAUCGCCGACGGCAAGGCCCACGACGAGUCCAACUCUACCCAGGACGAUGGCGAAUAUCCCACCGGGCUGCGCCUGGUGGCCCUGAUCGCGUCCAUCUUCGUGUCCAUUUUCCUCGUCUCUUUGGACCGUCUGAUCAUAUCCACCGCCAUACCCAAAAUCACCGACGAGUUCCACUCCCUGCAGGACGUCGGCUGGUAUGGCUCGGCCUAUAUGUUGACCACGUGUGCCUUCCAACUCCUGUUCGGCAAGAUAUAUACCUUCUAUCCUAUCAGGGUCGUAUUUAUGAUCAGCAUCGUCCUGUUCGAGGCUGGGUCCGCCAUCUGCGGCGCUGCACCCAGCUCUGUCGCCUUCAUCCUUGGUAGAGCCGUUCAAGGUGUAGGCUCGGCCGGUAUCUUUUCCGGCACCCUCGUCAGCAUCGUCUACGCCGUACCCCUCGCCAAGCGCCCGUUAUACCAGGGCAUGUUCGGUGCUGUAUUCGGUGUCUCUUCCAUACUUGGACCCCUGGUUGGCGGAGCCUUCACAUCGAACGUCACAUGGCGAUGCAUCAACAUUCCCUUUGGGGCCGUUGCCCUGUUGAUUAUAGGUUUCCUGCUCAAGGUGCCCGACAGGGAGGAAACGAAGCUUCCCUGGAAGUCGAAGCUCUCUCAGCUGGAUGCACCUGGAACAUCAGUCCUGGUCCCCGGCGUGGUCUGCCUCCUUCUCGCACUACAGUGGGGUGGUGUUACAUAUCCAUGGAGUAAUGGCCGCAUAGUAGCUCUGCUGACCCUCGCCGGCGUACUACUCAUCUCGUUCGUCCUUGUUCAGGCUUUCAUGCCCGAGACCGCAACCGUUCACCCACGCAUAUUCAAGCAGCGAUCUAUCAUUGCCGGUUUCUGGGCCACGGUCUGCAUUGGGUCGCAGCAGACGAUAUUUAUUUACUUCCUCCCCAUUUGGUUUCAGGCUGUCAUGGGGGUGUCCGCUGUCGACUCCGGCAUCCGCCUACUGCCUCUCACCUUGUCCAUGGUCGUUGCCUCAAUUGCGAAUGGGAACUUUGUCGCAAGGAUUGGCUACUACACACCAAGCAUGAUAAUCGGGUCGUGUCUGAUGAUUGUAGGGGCUGGUCUUCUGACAACACUCCAGCUCGACACGAGUAUGCCGAAAUGGAUUGGAUACCAGGUACUCUACGGUUUUGGACAGGGUAUGUGUUUCCAAGCACCGAAUCUGGCGGCGCAGACCGUCCUCCCCAAAAAGGAUGUACCGAUUGGGACAUCUUUGAUGUUCUUCAGCCAGAUCCUUGGCGGCGCCAUAUUCGUCUCGGUCGGACAGAACGUGCUUAACAACCAGCUUUUGCAGCGCCUGCGGGGUUUACCUGGAUUCGAGCCGUCUAUGAUUGAGCAAAAUGGCGCCACGACGUUGAGCAGCACCCUCCCGCCCGACCUACUCCAUCCCGUCUUGGUUCAGUACAACGAAGCGCUGCGCGAAGUGUUCCGAGUCGGCCUGAUACUGGCCUGUCUGGUCAUUAUCGGCGCGGUGUCUAUGGAGUUCAGAAGCGUCAAGAAGAAGCAGCCUGGCAGCACACAGGCCGGCGACAGCGAAAAGGGCGCCACGCGCGACGGAGACGACAGGCCUGACGCUGAUGGCGCAGCGAGGUCGGAUGGUGGCACGAUUGUCGAAGGAAGCAUGGACAUGGAGAAGAAAGAUGGAGCAGGCACAGUACCAGCACGGUGA